AUGUCCCAGGAGGAUCAAUUAGAGAAACUCUGGUUGCACAUGGAAGCAGCAAGCAUUCAGCUUGACAACUGGUUGGAAAUCCCAUCAGAACAACAGCAGGCUUUGUUGCAUGAUGCAUGGCUUGCCUUGGCAACCCAGACAGGUGAAGCUGAAUUUUGGAAAUUGAGCCCCAAAGUUCAGUUUGAUAUUGACUUUCUUGCAUGGACUGGGUGUUGUAUGCACAAGGAGCUCAAUGCUGUAAAGGGGGGCGCUUCAGCAAUGGCUAAUAUGUGGGAAAAUCUCAACAUUGAGCCUCCUAUGGCACUCAGGAACAAGUAUGAUAUUAUUAAUUUGAAGCUUUCUGAGAAGGCCAAUGAGCACCCAGCCUGGGGAGCAAUCAAGCUAAACAGCUUAGCUGGAGCAUUAUUCAAUAACAAGGAUGACAAGAAAGGACAUCAAAGCAUUGUAGAUAAUUAUCUCAUGGAUGUUUUAGGCCAUUCCAAUCAAUUUGCAGACACAAGUAACACCCAAUAUGGUUUGCACUGCAAUGCAGCAAUUGAACUUAUUGCUCACAGGGAAGCAUAUAUUAUGCUCCUAGAGGUUAUAUGCAAUUCCAAGAAUGUUCCUUCAUUCACCAAUAUUGAGUUGAAUGUCUACUGGGCUCUUCAAGAUGUACCAAUGCUCACCAAGCUAGUUGUGCUAUGUUUGCAUGCACAAGUCAUAGGGCGCCCAUAUAUGUGCGCUGUUUGUGGCUCCAAUUGCAAUGUGUUAGACCUAGGUCCACUCCAUGACCAGGUUAAGGCCCAUUGUCACACAAUUGUCAAUAAUCCCAACCUGCUACUAAACUCCAGCCCCAAAAAUACGCCUACACCAGAUGGGCAACCUUGGGACUGUCCAGAUACAUGGGAGCAAUUUACAGUGGAGUUUGAGCCUGGAGAAACAAUUGCAGAAGCUACUCAAGGUCAGCAUGAUAGUGCAUGGAACCCUGCUACAAACAACAUCAGCAAAGGCUUGUUAGGGCAAUGCCAACAAAUGCUACGUUGGGCACCAAAUAUGACAGACAACCAGAGGAAUGCAUGGGUAAUGUGGCAUUGUAAUGGAACAUACAAUUGGAGCCAACAGUCACUUACCAAAGAGGACAAGGCUUUUGUGCAAUGUGAAGCACAAGUAUUGGAUUCUAGUGGAGAAAGCCAACGCAUUUGCAAGAGUAUCAGCAAUGGUCUAAUGGAGAAAGUAGUGGCAAACCAGGCUUGGAAAGUCAAGUCUGCAGAGCAAAAGACAGCUUACCAGAAGAGGAUAGCUUUGAUUCAGUUGAACAAAGAUGCAAGCUACAAUAACCUAUGCAAGAUGAAGGUUUUGGAACUUGACAAUCAAAUCAACAAGCUGCAUGAGAGCAAUAAGCACACGCUUGUAAAAAGUAGGCUCAAGACAAAACAAGCAAAGGUGUUGGAAAUAAUGGAGGCAUUGAAACAACAAAAAAAGGAAGCUGAAGCAACAGAUCAGCCUAUUGUCAGAGCCAACAACUACCACAAGUGGGAUCCAACAAUGCUCAAGGCAAUUGCCAGAUAA